AUGGCUGCCUCAAAAAUGAUCGGUGACCUUGAGCUGAAGCGUCUCGAAGAGUUGAAGCUGCUUGGGAAGAAGUUCAUUUUCAUUUAUCCCGAAGAACUCAACAACAGCGAGGACAACUUCGGUGAGGCGACGGAGAAAUGCUUGGCCGGAGGGUAUUUCAUUGCUUGCACUACCAAAAUCAUGCCUACUAAAAGAAGUGGAUGGAAGUCUGAGAAAGGCCGCGAUUUGAAGUUCCGGGUUCCAGAUGGGACCGAUCUGAGCAACGUACUGGUACAGUUCGACGCUGGAGAACUGACGGUCAUCGUGCUUCAGACCGAGAAGCACCACGUCUCGUUUAUUUCCAGACUCUACUACAAGUUCUUGGACGACAUCGUUCCGGAUAAGCUCAACCCUCAGAUCGUGAACGGCAGUGUCAACGACCUCGUCAAUGUAAUGGAAAAGUUCUGCGAAGCUCCUCAGAAGCAGUCAACACUUCCGUCGAGACGACAGCCAGCGCCGCUGGGGCGAGGCCCCAAAGCAGUCCAGCCCGAACUAAUUAUCCUCUCUUCGCCGUCGGCGACAGGGGACGACGAGAGGUUUUCUCAAGGAGCGACAAACGAUAGCCAGGAGAAGCAGCCUUCAUCGGAUAUGGAGGUCGACGAUUCUCUGAUUGAGGAGAAGAAGCGGAAGAAGCCUGGCCCCAAGUCGACGUUUGACCUGAUCACUUGCCUCGUGCAGAUGGACAGGCUUAUCCAGGACAGAAAGGAUAAGGGUAAGCGCUUCCCGACUGCUCUGGAGUGUGCUCAACAGGCUGCGAAGAAGACUAAGUCGCAUGUCAGUACAAUCCGCAACAAAACCCGGAAGUGGUAUCACGACAGGUAUAAUCGUGCGUGCCGACGUGGCGAACUGGACAGGCAUAAGGUUUUCAUUAAGUAG